UGUCAGGAAGUACUUUUUCAGUCUCAGUGUGGUCGGUAAAUGGAAUGAUCUUGGUGAGGAAGCGGUGGAGGCAGACUCCACACACAGUUUUAAGAGCAGGUACGAUAGGUCCCCCGAGGCUACGAUUGAAUCUGGAGUGGCAAGAGACGGGGCCAGGAGCUGAGACUCGACCCCUGCAACCACAUCUAUGUGAGUACGUACCAUAUAAGGGUGGUGGCAAUGGGAGAUAGAGGUGGUGGGGGAGGGGGAAGGGUGGUGAGAGGACGGGAAGGGGUGGUGAGGGGAGGGGAAGGGGUGGUGAGGGGAGGGGAAAUCCUGCUAUAAACAAACGCGUCGCCCUAGUGCUAUCGAACUGCAGUGACGUCACUGGCAUCGACCGUAUGACGUCACCGCAAUGUUAUUCUGCAAUGAGAGAGAGAGAGAGAGAGAGAGAGAGAGAGAGAGAGAGAGAGAGAGAGAGAGAGAGAGAGAGAGAGAGAGAGAGAGAGAGAGAGAGAGAGAACGAAUUUCUAAUUUGAUAAAAUGGUAAAAAAUUGGACAAAAUAAUACAUACUCAGGAUACAACUCAUUUCUCUAUUAUUCAUUUCCUUCACGAUACAGGUAACAGGCAGUGAAAAACAAUGUGCAUAAAUCAAUACAAGUUCCAUCUUGCUGAAGCAACUUCAAGUUGGUCGUGUGUUGAGGUUUCAAGUCUUGCUUGCCAGGAAUGAACUUAAGCGUACGUCACUUGACGGUUCAACACGGAUCAAAACAUCGACCCAGGACACUACCCCAUACUGGCUGGACGGUGGAAGAUGUGAGGUCAACACUGGUGACCCCAGUUUUAGUCUGGCUGGAUAGGAUAUGCGAGAGAAUAGGAGAAAAGUCAGCAAGCUCUGGAUAAACGAGGUGCAGUAAGGAUUUUGAAGGGACCUAAAAAUCCUGUGGAUAUCUGAUUGUUGUGUUAGUGUGGUGUAGUCCACGAAGCGGUAAAUCCGUGUGGGUCAUUCAGCCCACAAGGAGUGUAUCAAGGUUCAAUACUACUGGCGGCUCCCUCGGUCCCUGAAUAGUCAGUCUGUUGGUGAUGGCCAGAAUCAGGAAGCGCGUGUUGCUGUACUUGGGCCUGGCGUGUGUGUACCUAGCAUUGCCCCCCUGCUACCUCGCCGCCAGGAGCCUCUACACUGCCGUAGGAACCACCCUCGACGACUACUUCAGCAGACUCGACGACCACAUCAACUACGACUACUACGAGGACGUCCCCAGAGGCGUGGCGGUAGUCAACAAGAGAGAGUUCUCCGCAACGCUCCUACGCCUCCUUCGGCAGCUGGUGAGGCCAAGGCAAGAGGAGAACCCCAAGGUGGUUCUUUUUUGGACAUCAUGGUUCAGGAGGGCGUGGUGGGGGCGUCUGCGAGGGGGCGUGAACCUGGAAGGCUCCCACUGCCCCGAGACACGAUGCGAGUUCACCCACGAUCGUUCGAGGCUACCGGAGGCCGCCCUGGUCCUCUUCCAGUCUGAGGGCGUGCGAGCAGAGGACCUGCCUGAGGGAAGUCGUCCUUCAGACCAGAGGUGGGUGUGGGUGCACGUUGAGGCUCCACCAGCGUCCUCUAAAGCUUUCUCCAGGCUCCACCAUCCUCAUAAAAGACUGGUGCUGGACCAUUCUGGUGAGCUGAGUGGUCUCUUCAACUGGACCAUGACCUACCAUUCCGCCUCCCAGAUCAUGGAACCCUACGGGGGACUGAUCCCGCGGAAGCUUCAGGUUUCAGGGGCCCCAAAAGACCUCUUGCGGGCUGGGGCCCCAAAGGCUCUUCCGCAGACUGGGGUUCCACAGGCUCUUCGGCAGGUUCAUGACCCUCAUCCCCCGACCCCUCCUCUGCGCCCUGCCCUGUUGGAUAUCCCUAGUCCAGCCUACAAGGCCUACCUGAGAGCUCUGGAUCGAGGCUCCUCUCUGGAGGAGGUGAUGGGUGCUUCGUGGAGCCCCUUCGUUGAGAGAGAUGAAGAUGGCGUGGGGGAGGCAUGGGAGGCGUUCCUGAGGCGGCCGCGGCUGGUGGCGUGGAUGGCCUCCCACUGCCACGUGCCAUCUAGGAGGGAGGAGUAUGUGGCCCACCUGCAGAAGUACGUGUCCGUGGACGUGUACGGCAGGUGUGGCUCGCUCAGGUGUGGGGAACGGCGGCAGCACCGGAACGACACCUGCUGGCGCAAAAUCCUCGCUCCGAAGUACCUCUUCUACCUGGCCUUCGAAAACUCAGCUUGCGACGACUACAUCACUGAAAAGCUAUGGAGGCCUCUCCUUCACGGGGUCGUGCCGGUCGUUCUGGGAGGCGCUGACUACUCCAAGUUCCUCCCCCCACAUUCCUACAUCAACGCCCAGGGUCUACACCCCAGGGAGCUGGGGAUGAUCCUCAGGGAGCUUGAGGCUUCCCCUGAAGAGUACUCGAAGUUCCACCUUUGGCGGGGAUUCUGGAGGGCCACGCUGAGGCCACCGCUCUGCGAAUUGUGUCUCAAGGCUCACCGGGACUUCGAAGUAGCGACGCAGGUAGACAUCCCAGCCUGGUGGAGAGAGAUAGGAAGGUGUAAGGACCCACUGGCUAGCCUCGACCUCUCAUGACCACCCCUGCGAGGACACCUGACCUGAGUCUUCAAGAUCUCUAGGGGUCUUCAAGGUCUCCAGUGUCUUCAAGAUCUCAGUGGUCUUCAAGAUCUCAGUGUUCUUCAACGUCUCAGUGAUCUUCAAGGAUUCCAGUGAUCUUCAGGGUCUCCAAUGGUCUUCAAGGUCUCAGUGGUCUUCAAGGAUUCCAGUGAUCUUCAGGGUCUCCAGCGGUCUUCAAGGAUUCAAGUGGUUUUCAGGGUUUCCAGUGGACUUCAAGGUCACAGUGAUCUUCAAGGAUUUCAGUGGUCUUCAAGGCCUCAGUGGUCUUCAAGGAUUCCUGUGGUCUUCAGAGUCUCCGGUGGUCUUCAGGGUCUUCAAGUGAUCUACAGUGUCUCUAAGUGGCCUUCAAGGUCUCUAAGCGGAUACAAGUGAUCUUCAUUAUCUUCAAAUGAUCUUCAAGAUCUCCAAGUGAUCUUUAGUGUCUCCAAGUGAUCUACAGUGUCUCCAAGUGGCCUUUAAAGUCUCCAAGUGAUCUUCAGUGUCUCCAAGUGGCCUUUAAGGUCUCCAAGUGAUCUUUAGUGUCUCCAAGUGAUAUUUAUUGUCUCCAAGUGGCCUUUAAGAUCUCCAAGUGAUCUACAAUGUCUCCAAGUGGUCUUCAAGGUUUCCAAGUGGACCUCAAAGUCUCCAAGUGACCUUCAAGGUCUCCAAGGGAUUUUUAAGGUAUCCAAGUGACCUUCAACGUCUCCAAGGUAUUUUCAAGGUCUCCAAAUGACCUUCAAGGUCUUCAAAUAACCUUCAAGAUCUCCAAGUGACCUUCAAGGUCAAUUAAACGUCUCGCUUAACAAAGGAUGCAGCUCCUGGCCUGACGCACCUCCGGUUUUGUGGAUGAAUAUCACUGGUUUUCAUUCCCUCGUAUAUACAUGUUUGAGUAAUUUUUUCACCCGCACAAUGUACACGAUUGUAAUUUUACGCAUCCGGAAUGCGUAUGUAUGAUUUUUUUC